AUGAUAUCAAAAAGCCAGAACAACGGCCGAUGCCUCUGCUUUCGGGUACAUGGCGUUUGCGUGUUGGUGGCUAGUUCUGAGGUCGCCUAUCUCCAGUGCGAAGGGAAGAGAGGGGAUAAUGAUGAAGAUGGGAAGAAGAAGAAGAAGAAGAAGAAGAAGAAGAGAACGAGGAGGAGGAAGAUAGACGCUGGCAGCAUCUUUAUACCCUUCUACGUUGUCGUUUUCAUGCCUCUACGGAAGGUGCAAGCAAAACACGGAGACUUCUACGGUUUCACUGCUAGAGAUGACUAUCCUACCCUAUGUCUCUACUCUAUGUCUGGCCUACGUCUUUCAACGUCUAUCAAACACCCAUCUACGCUCGCUCUACAGUCUCACAAUGCCAAGCCGGCUGUUCGUCCGAACGGAGGAACCCGGACACAGCGGGAGAACGCGGAAAACACAGCCGAGGAUGCUUAUGAUCUGGCAGUUGCCGCAGCGUUUUUGCGUUCCAAACUCUUCCUUUUUCCUGUCCUCCACAGCCAGCCAGCCAGCCAGCCAGCGACAACCCACACCAGACGACGAACCGUCAGCAGCAUAGAGCAGCGUGCCCAGGACAGCAGCGCCAUGGCCGAAUUCAACGGGCGUCGUGCGCCCAACUUCUCGCAGUAUCUCAAUGAGCUGAACACCUUGCCCUCGCCCUUCGAGCAGACAGCACAGCCAGAAGAUCUGGGGUUCGAUGUCGACGCCGAACUCGCUCUGUUCACGAACGCAGAGUUCCUCGACUUUGACCCCGCUGGAAAUGUUGGCGGCAUAGACGAACAGCAGCCUGUCUCUUCAGGAACCGUGAGCCCUGCAAACGGACGGCAGGAUAUGAACUACGUGGGGAUUCUGAAUGAUAUACCUAUGAUGGCCUCUGGCUCAUGCUUACUCGACAUGUAUCUGGUCAACGCAGAUUUCAACAUUUCCAACUUUCCUUAUUUCCAGCCCCAGCAGCCGACGGCCCCAGUCCAGUCAACUACGUAUCCAUCAGCUCAGCCUCUCCCUGCCAACACAUCUCUCCCUCAGUCUACUUCAAUCUAUCAACCGCAGCAGCAGCAGCAGCAGCAGCAACCACAGCAGCAGCACCAACAUCUCCCGUCACAACCACAGCUACAAGCACCACCACAGCCGGCAGUAACUCAAUCACAGCCCGCCACUGUUUCAUCCAAAAGGAAGUCUGAUGCCACCACUACUUCAGAGGCGGACCGUCUAGCCCAGGAAGAAGACAAACGCCGGCGCAACACCGCUGCCAGCGCCCGUUUCCGCAUCAAGAAAAAGGAACGUGAGAAGAACUUGGAAAAGACCGUAAAGGAUGUGACGAGCAAGAACUCAGCCCUUGAGUCCCGCGUCAGCCAGCUAGAGAUGGAGAACCGAUGGCUCAGGAACCUCAUCGUCGAAAAGAACGGAUCUGCCAUCAGUGAGGGGGAUCUCUCUGGCAUGUUCCAUAAAUACCAAGAGGCCACCGGACAGCAUCAGAACCAAAAGCAAGCUUCGACGGCAAGUCCCAGCUCAGAACUCAAGUCUUCUCCUUGA